AUGGCUUCCUCACAGCCUGAUUCGCCGUCCGAUUCUGAGCAUGAAGCUAUUCCCGAGUCCCCGCCGAUGCCGCCAAGCCUCCAUGACGCGCCGCCAAGCCUCCAUGACGCGACGCCAAGCCUCCAUCACGCGCCGCCAAGCCUCCAUGACGCUAUUCCCGAGUCCUACACCUUCCCGCUGCCUCCUUUACCUCAGCAGUACGAUACGCCUAAGCAAGGAAUUGUCGCGAUCAAUAUCUUCGGCCGCCAGCAUGGCUACGCAGUCUCAACUCUUCGGUCGAAACGUACAAAGAAAGGGGUCCUAAAGAUAGUUCGCCUAUGCUGUGACCGGGGCCGCCGGCUAAGAAACAGCCCGAAUAGCCCUACGCGGAAGCGGGAGACUACCUCGCUAGCGAUUGAAUGCCCCUUUUCGAUAUCGCUACGGCUUCAAGAAGGCCGAUGGAACCUUACAGUGGAGAAUCAACACCAUAACCAUGAGUCCUCGCCUCCUCUUACUCAUAUGCCACACCGGAAGCAGGAAUUGUAUGUAAAGGCAUCGAAUAUUGAGAAUCAGCUCCAGCAGGGUCUUUCUACCCGUCAUAUUCUCACCGGCAUUCAAAAGGACGACCAGGAUUCCUGCCUCACUGCCCGGGAUAUCUACAACUUUCGGAGGAAGCUUUAUGUUGAUUUCCUUGCUGGCCGUACACCGCUUCAAGCUCUCUUGAUAGAGCUUCCAAAGGACGGCGAAUGGAUCUUCAAGUAUGAAGUUGACGAUGAGAAUCAUGUCACAGCCCUCUUUUGUAUGCAUAAAACGAGUAUUGCAUUCCUUAAGACAAAUUCAUGGGUUAUUUCAAUGGACUGUACAUAUAAAACUAACCGGUAUGGCCUUCCAAUGCUCGAUAUCGUCGGCUUCACUGCUAUGGGCUCAACCUUUUACAUCGGCUUCGCAUUCAUAAAGGACGAGAAAGAUGACAGCUACGAAGUCAUUUUAAGCUGUCUAGCAGAGGCUUACGAAGCUCUUAGCCUUCAAGCACCCCGGACCAUCCUUUCCGAUAAGGAGCAAGCGCUAAUGAAUGCUGUGAAGGUCGUCUUCCCUUCUACAAAGUAUAUGAUCUGUCUAUGGCAUAUCAAUAUGAAUAUCAUGAAGAAAGCUCGUCCGAUUCUCGCAGAGCAGCUAGCAAAAGAGCGUGAAUGGCUAGACGACUGCCCUGAGUAUUUCCUUCAUGAAUACACCUCCGAAUACCUUCAUCUCAAUGAGAUUGCGACCUCUCGGACCGAGGGAGCUCACUGGCUGCUUAAGCAGGGCCUUCAAGUCUCAACUAAUGAUCUACUAGUGGUCCUUCGCACCUUUGAGAAUGCUGUAAAGCUUCAAUUUCAAAAGGCUACCGCUAAGAUCGAGAAUGAGAAGGUAAGAAGGCCUACUGAUAGUCGCUGGAAGCAGCUAUUUAGGCUAGUUCUUGGACGAAUUUCAGCCAAGGCGAUGGAGCAUACAAAAGACGUCUACAACCGCUUCCUGCCAGCAAGUGACGAGAAGCCGCCGAUUCCUCCACUUUGCCGCUGUAAUUCGCUAGGUACGGCAGGGUUUCCAUGCAUUCAUCUCAUCAUACAGUACGAAGUGGAGAACAAGAGCUUUGAGCCUGAGUUAUUCCAUCAACACUGGCAUUUGUAUAGUGUCUCUGCGCCUCCUAUUGACCCGCUACUCCUACUCCAGGAUCCUCUCCAAGUACGCCGGCGAGGACGCCCCCAAGGCGCUAGGAACUUCAUCGGCGGCGAAAGCACCCAAGCAAGCACCCAAGACACCUCCACCCAGCGAGAACCCUCCGGCUUUGAGCUCAUGCUAUCCCAGGAAGGUGGACGUGGACGUGGCCGUGGCCGUGGACGUGGCCGUGGACGUGGCCGUGGACGUGGAGGAACACAACAAGCCUCGCAGGGUGAUAACGGAGUGGGAAUAGCUUCAUCUACGGCCCAGGAAGGUGGCCGUGGACGUGGCCGUGGCCGUGGACGUGGAGGAACACAACAAGCCUCACAGGGUGAUAACGGAGUGGGAAUAGCUUCGUCUACGGCCCAGGAAGCCCGUACGGCAUCGCCGGCGAGCAUUCCUCCUUCAUCUCCAGGGUCGGGAAUAGCUUCACCGGUCGCUCAGGACGCGAAUCGCCGGUCGGGCCGGAUCAGGAAGCGGCCAAAGCAUUACGAAUGGUAA